AAGAGGUGGAUCACACUCACGCGCACACAUACAUAGCCUACACAAGCCUUCAUUCAGCACUGCCUUUCUAAGAAGAUUAGGUUUUUUUGCGCUGAAGAUUGUCUCUGUAUUCUUCCAACACUUUUUUUUCUCCCCUGAUCAUGUUGAGGAUGCUAAAACGCGUUCAGCUCCGCCCGGGCUCGCUUUUAUUACUCCUGUGGCUCUGUCAUUUCAUUCAAGAGCAAAAAGUGCAAGCUGGGAACUGCUGGCUCCAGCAGGGGAAGAACGGCCGCUGCCAGGUGCUCUACAUGCCAGGCAUGAGCCGUGAGGAGUGCUGCAGGAGCGGGAGACUCGGAACCUACUGGACCGAGGAGGACGUCCCGAACAGCACCCUGUUCCGCUGGACCAUCUUUAACGGAGGGGCGCCCAACUGCAUGCCAUGCAAAGAGACGUGUGAGAAUGUGGACUGCGGACCUGGGAAGAAGUGUAAGAUGAACAGGAGGAGUAAGCCACGCUGCGUCUGCGCCCCUGACUGUUCCAACAUCACCUGGAAGGGGCCGGUGUGCGGCUCAGAUGGAAAAACGUACCGUGACGAAUGCGCACUCCUGAAAUCGAAGUGUAAAGGGCACCCCGAUCUGGAGGUGCAGUACCAGGGCAAAUGCAAAAAGACAUGCCGUGAUGUGCUUUGCCCUGGCAGCUCGACGUGCGUCGUGGACCAGACCAACAACGCCUACUGCGUCACGUGCAACCGCGUGUGUCCCGAGGUGACGUCACCCGACCAGUACCUGUGCGGCAAUGACGGCAUCGUCUACGCCAGCGCGUGUCACUUACGGAGAGCCACGUGCCUGCAGGGCAAAUCCAUCGGCGUGGCCUACGAGGGCAAAUGCAUCAAGGCCAAAUCGUGCGAUGAUAUCCAGUGCAGCGGAGGGAAGAAGUGUCUGUGGGAUGAGCGUUUGGGACGCGGCCGGUGCGCGCUCUGCCCUGAUGAGCCGUGUCCCGAGAGUCGCGCGGACGAGGCCGUGUGCGCGAGCGACAACACCUCGUACCCGAGCACGUGCGCCAUGAAGCAGGCUGCAUGCUCCAUCGGCGUGCUGCUGGAGGUUAAGCAUUCAGGAUCAUGCAACUCCAUUACUGAAGACCACGAGGAGGACAACGAUGAUGAUGAUGAUGAUGAUGAUGAAGAUGAUGAUGAAGAAGACCAGGACUACAUGGCUUACGUCCAUUUAUCACCAAUACUGGACGGAUAAACAGCCAUCAGCCAGGGGGGAAAAGUCCUGUGGCAAGGAAAACCAUGUCCACACUGUACAAAUGUGUAUGCUAAUUUAUUUUUCGACGAAAAAAAAAGGAAGUAUACAUAUAGUUCAGUCUGAUAGAUGUUUAUUUAUGCAGUGUUUCAUAAUUUAUACCUUUACAAUGUCUGACGUACGUAUCUUGAUCAUGUUAUUUUUGUGUUCACUUGGUUGUAUUAUUAUUAUUAUUAUUAUUAUUAUUAUUAUUAUUACUAUUAUUAUUAUUAUUAUUAUUACGAACUAUAUUUGUCCAAAGAGAACAGUGUUAUUUAUUGUGAACGCUAUAGAGUGUAAAGUGUGCAAGUCUUCUGCAAGUUGUAAAUUGCAUUCCCCUUGCUGUAAAAAUCCGCUUAUUGCUAUCUGUUCUACUAUCAUAGAUGUUUAUUUCACACUUAUCUGCAUGUCAGCCUGUGUGUUUAUUUAUUGGGAAGAAAAAAAAAACUGUCACUCUUUAAUGUAAAUGACGUUUCUGGUUUUGUUUACUCUUCAAAUUGACCAAAUGGAUUUUCCUCAACGUUUCGCUAUACAGUGCAAAAUGGUAAUAUUUCAUUCAUGAGCCAGUUCUCCAGAAAAAAACUGAUUUGUCUUUCAGGAUUUUUCAGAUUUUGGUGUUGUGUUUUAGUUUUAUGUAUGUGCCACUAACACAUUUCUGAUUUCAUGGCCAACGUUCUGCUCUGUAACACCUCCGCUACGUGAUGUAGGACUGAGUAUCAACAUAUUGAACAUUAUCACUUAUUGUUUGUCAUUUUUAAAGUACAUUUUUAUUUUCUGACAUCACAAGAUAGUUAUAAAUAUAUAGUUUUGUAUUUUUUUAAUGUAAAUGUCAUAUGUAUAUACAAAGUUUGAUGGUAUUUGUACAGAUAUGAAGAGUGAAACAAUAAAAAAAAUAAAAUGAAUGUGAUUUUA